AUGAUUAAACCAGCGGAUUUAGUUGCUUUUAAAUUAAAAAAUAUGAAUAAUAAUAAAUAUGACUCAUUGCACUUGCAUGUUCAGCGUGAUAAUCGACGAGCUGUCGAUAAAGAGCAGAAAAAUUAUAAAAGAUUAUUAGAGAUGUCAAAAAAAGCCCAGAAAAAUGAUUUUAUUAAAUUGAAAUUGAAUAAAAAAAUUCAAAAUAAUCUUGAGAAGUACAAUUUAAAGUCAAAAAAUCCAAGAGGAUUAAGAGAGCUUGAGAAAUCCACCACAGACUUAACAGAUUACGAAGUUGAUUACCAAGGAGGAUAUGAUAAAUCUGUCAUCGUUAAGUCAAGCAAUGAUAGUGAUGAAAAAAAUUUACAGCCUAUUAGUGAAGAAAUAGAAGAAGCCUAUGACUACGAGCUUCUUAAAGCUGAGUAUGAGCAGCAAAAGAAUGAUUUUUUGUAUAAAAAUAAGACUUUUAAUUUUACGGAUGAUGGCCAACCUGAAGAUACACCAAAAGAAUUUCUUAAACAAUUGGUUCAAUUUAACAAGCCACGAAAUUGUACCCAAGAAGAAAUAGAGAAAUUUGGACUUAAAUCAUUUGAGUGUUUAACUUUUGAUUAUCAGAAUGCGAUAAAAAAUAAAACAAGUUUGAGUGUUUUAUUAAGACGAACAUGGCAAGUUGGUGCUGUUGUUGUUUUCGAUGUGAUUUCUGUUUUCCUAGACGAAGAAUUAGAAGAAUAA